AUGUAUAAAAGUGAGCUGUUGCAAAGUGACUUUCUUAAUGAACCGAGAGAAAGACUAGAAGAGCGUGAAGCAGCAAUAGAGCUUAGAGAAAGGAUAGAUGAGCAGGAGUUGUUGCUGGAAUUCCUUUUGCAGAUGCAACAAAGAAAACAGGAAGCUGCGGAUAACUUGCAUGACACCAUUUCCUUCAUUUCUUCAGAUAUAGAAGAAGUUUCAAAUCUCCAAACAGUGCUUAAGAAAAAAGAAGGUUCAAGCCCAGAACUUGGAAAGGAUUUUGCUGCAGGUUCCCAUUCAAGGAAUAUUAUUGACAAUGAUGACUCUAGUAGCUCUGGAUCCAGGAAACGGUGCAGGCCUGGGCUUCAAGUUCAUAAUACGGAGGAAUCUCAUGAUCAUCAAGAUGAGGAUAAGAAAUCAGGGAUACCCACAGAACAUCAAGGAAGCAUUCUUUCUCAAAGUUCUCGAUUGAUGAAGAACUUUAAGAAACUUGAGUCAGCUUAUUUUUUGAUGAGACACAGGGCAAUCAAACCAACAGGGAAGCCACCUAGACAUUCUGCAAUUAGUGAGGGUAGAGGAUCAAUUGUUGCAACUGAAAGAAGUUCUGUCAAUAACUUGUCGUCGAAGGAGCAUUAUGGCAGUGGUGGACAAAGUGGAUGGAUAAAUUCAAUCCUGGAGGGGUUCUGCAAAUAUCUGUCCUUUAGUAACUUAAAAGUUAAGGCAGACUUGAAGCAAGGGGACCUUUUAAAUUCUUCCAACCUCGUAUGCUCUCUGAGUUUUGACCGUGAUGGAGAAUUUUUUGCCACUGCUGGUGUAAACAAGAAGAUCAAAGUGUUUGAAUAUAAUGCAAUCUUAAAUGGAGAUCGUGAUAUCCAUUAUCCUGUAGUUGAAAUGAGUAGUAGAUCUAAGCUAAGCAGUAUAUGUUGGAAUGGCUAUAUCAAAAGCCAGAUUGCUUCAAGUAAUUUUGAAGGUGUUGUGCAGGUAUGGGAUGUUACAAGAAGUCAAGUAUUCAUGGAAAUGAGAGAGCAUGAAAAGCGUGUGUGGUCUGUCGACUUCUCACUAGCAGAUCCAACAAUACUGGCCAGUGGAAGUGAUGAUUGUUCUGUUAAGCUCUGGAAUAUCAAUCAGGCAAUUCUAUUUUUGCACUUGGUGGAUGGUGUAAGUGUUGGUACCAUCAAAACAAAGGCCAAUGUCUGCUGUGUUCAGUUUCCCUCGGAUUCUGGUCGUUCUGUUGCCUUUGGUUCAGCAGACCAUAAGAUAUAUUAUUAUGAUCUCCGUAACUCAAAGAUGCCUCUAUGCACAUUCAUUGGACACAACAAAACUGUGAGUUACAUCAAGUUUAUAGAUUCAGCGAAUCUUGUGUCGGCAUCCACGGAUAACACACUGAAGCUUUGGGAUCUGUCGAUGUGCACAUCCCGGGUUCUUGAUUGCCCUCUCCAGUCAUUCACAGGCCACAUGAAUGUAAAGAACUUUGUUGGUUUAUCUGUAUCUGAGGGAUACAUCGCGACAGGCUCAGAAACCAAUGAGCUAAAGUUCACUUUGCAUGGUGAACUGGUUUUACUCUUGCCUGCCUCAUAUGCUGGUUCUAGUCUGCCCAUCACAAACUACUUCUGGGUAGUGCUGUAG